AUGAUGAGCAUUGAUGGUAAAACAAAAGAUUCUUUAAAUGCUCGUCUUGAUCUUCAAGAAAUGGGUAUAAGACACAAUUAUCAUCCAGAAGAAGGAGAUAAUGAGCGUAAUAUUUCUGGUAUGAAAACUCAUGAUUGUCAUGUGUCCUUAGAGAGAUUACUUACGUUUGUGGCGCGAGAUUUAUUGCCUAAAGAUGUAAGUGAGCCUUUAAUUGAAUUAUCGUACUUUUUCAAGGAAUUGUGUGCUAAAGUUUUAAGAGAAGAUGACUUGAAUCUUCUUGACAAUCAAAUUGUCAUAACUCUAUGCAAGUUGGAAAAAAUAUUCCCUCCUGCCUUUUUUGACAUCAUGAUUCACCUAACUUGCCACUUGGCAUGGGAGACAAAGGUGGCCGGUCCAGUACAAUUCAGGUGGAUGUAUCAUGUGGAAAGGUAUUUGCAUAAGCUAAAAACUUAUGUUCGUAAUAAGGCUCAUCUAGAAGGGUCUAUUGCCGAAUGUGUCUUGGGAGAUGAGUGUUUAAUAUUUUGCUCUUGUUAUUUGUAUCGAGUUGAAACUAAGUUUAAUAAAAGAUAUAGAAACGACAAUGGAGGUCAACCGUCAUAUGAUACAUCUUUGUUAUCUAUUUUCUCAACACCUGGUCGAGCUUUUGGGAAAGGUGUACUUAGAGAGAUGAGCAUCGAACUUCAUAAGGUUGCCACUCAUUAUGUCUUGCAAAAUUGUGAUGAAGCUUUGCCAUUUGUCCAAGAACAUAAGAACAUUCUAAUCCAGUCUAGUGUUGAUAAUGUGGAGGAGUCACAUAGGCUUUAA